CGCCUUUUACAAGAAAAUUUGAUGUUUUCUUUUUCUUGUAUUCAUUUACUUAAUUCUACAUAUCAAGUACGAGCAGUACCAUUUACGUUUUAUCAAAGUGUUUAAAUUGCAUGAAAAAUAAAGCAAUGGUGAUCAAACUUAAUUUAAUAGCAGCGGCUUGUGAAAACAUGGGUAUUGGGAAAGGUAAUAAUCUACCUUGGCGACUAAGAACUGAAUUGGAUUAUUUUACCCGUAUGACUUCGGCAACUGUGGACAAAAAUAAGAAAAACAUCGUUAUUAUGGGUAGGAGGACAUGGGAUUCACUUCCCAACAAAUUCAAGCCUCUAAGCGAUAGGAUUAAUUGCGUCUUAUCUAGAUCAGAUUUGGACUUGAAGAAAUAUCAGGACGUGCAUACGUUUAAGAGCUUAGAACAGUGCCUGGAAAAAAUAGGAAAUUCUGAAUUUCGGGACCGUUUUGAAACGGUUUGGAUCAUUGGCGGGACUAAUGUUUAUAAAGAAUCUAUGGAAUCGGAACAAUUUUAUAGACUUUACUUAACGAAGAUUUUUAAACAUUUCGACUGUGACACUUUCUUUCCAAAGAUUCCAGACAAUUUGAUAGAAGUCAGGGACCCCGCAGUCCCCGAGGGAACCCAGAAGGAGAAAGAUGUCGAGUUUGUUUAUCACGUUUACGAAAAUCCUAAUUUUAAAGCAUUGUGAUCCACGUUUACUGUAGAUCGCACUUAUUUCCACUGGUGUACAUCAUAAAAAAGGUAACAUCACUUCCAAAGAAAAAUAUGUAGUGUAAGGAUGUUUGUUGUUGUUAUUAAGGAUAAAAAAAUGUUGCAUUUC